ACAAGCUGUCGACGAUGCCAGUCGUAGUCCAGAAUUUUUCUACAUCAUACACGACCUUCUGAUUUCAAAACAGGAUUCCAAACACACACUCUUUCUAUUCGAUUCCGAAUCUUUUAUUUUGUAAAAUCAUAACGGAAGCGUGAGCGCCGGAGUGCCGAUAGAUACCAGGUGACCAUAUGACAUAUGGACUCGUUCUCCUCCGAUCCGCAUCUACGUUGAUCUCAUAUAUAUAUGUAUAUAUAUGUAUGCUUUUAAUUCCAAUUUCAAAACUGUGCAAAUUGAGACGCGCGUGGUCUGCGAGUGAAAUAUACAAAUUGUCCAGUCGCUGCCGCUGAUCCCAAAACUAAUUCGGCAGGAUUCAAUCCACGUGAGCCGAUAUUACGAAAAAUUCAAGAACUGCUUCAUGAGUUGGCGGUGGGAAGCCCUAAAAGGACGAAGUAGAAUACAUAUUGCGUUCGGUGGAGCUCAACAUCAGAACGGGAUCAAAUAGAGAUAUUUUACGUGUUUUGUUUCGUGUGUUCCCCGUGUUCAAGGUCCUGAACUGUUUCGAGGACAGCUCAUCGCAUUGACAACAGUUCUGGUUGCAUCUUGGGAUUCACGUUACGUUUGUUUUUUUUCUAAUUUUUAUUGUGCAAAUUACCAGUUUACUUUCAAGCACCACACACAUAUCCAUACGCCAAGUUGCAGGGUCGCUUCGUCUCCUAGUUAGCCACCAUUCUACAUAUCCUGCGAAUCCUGCCUCCUUUUACGGUGAAGCAGCCAAGCGGUGCUGGAGCUCUCGUGGCUCUGCCACUCCAGGAAGCUGGUGAUGCUAGAGUCGCAACCAGCGUAACUAGAAACCCACUGCGAUCACAUCACAGCUCAUCGGCACCUUGUAGCUGGCGAAGAAGUCCCAGCAUCCCAAUUGGCAGUAGCGAGCACAAGGUUAGGGGGCAAGGAUAGGGAUCAGCAGAGGGCCAAGGAGAAGGAGCAGGCAAUGGCCAACCCAACCAAUAUUCCCGCUCACGAGCGACGCAUCCAUGAGCUGGACCAAACCGUAGAACGCAUCUUCGAUGUGCGAAAGCGCCUGGGCAAGGGUGCCUAUGGCAUCGUUUGGAAGGCCACGGAUAGGCGACAGAAGAACACGGUGGCCCUGAAGAAGAUCUUCGAUGCCUUCCGCGAUGAAACCGAUGCCCAGCGCACCUACCGUGAGGUGAUAUUCCUGCGCGCCUUUCGCCACCAUCCCAACAUCAUCCGACUGGUGGAUGUCUUCAAGGCCGCCAACAAUUUGGAUUUUUAUUUGGUGUUCGAGUUCAUGGAAAGCGAUCUGCACAACGUGAUCAAGAAGGGCGAUAUCCUCAAGGACAUUCACAAGCGUUUCGUCAUGUACCAGCUGAUCAAUGCCAUCAAGUACAUGCACUCGGGCAACGUCAUCCACCGGGAUCUGAAGCCCAGCAACAUCCUGAUCGAUAGCAAAUGCAGACUCAAAGUGGCCGACUUUGGCCUGGCCAGAACCCUCUCCUCGAAACGCAAGGCCGACUAUGAUGCUUUGGACCAGGAGGGCAUGUUGACGGAUUAUGUGGCCACUCGUUGGUAUCGCGCCCCCGAAAUUCUGGUCGCCAGUCGCAGCUAUACCAAAGGCAUCGAUAUGUGGGGCCUGGGCUGCAUUCUGGGCGAGAUGAUCAGACAGAAGCCUCUAUUCCAAGGCACAAGCACUGUCAAUCAGAUUGAGAAAAUCGUGACUGCCCUGCCGGAUGUGACGCAGCGGGACAUCGAUUCGAUUGGAGCCAGCUUCGGCACCGUCCUGCUGAGCAAGAAGAUCCAUCGCGACCGACGCCAUUCGCUGGACGAGAUGUUGAGGAAUUGCUGUGAUGACGCCAUUUCGCUGGUCAAGUCCCUGCUGGUGCUGAAUCCGCAUCUGCGGCUGACCGCCAAGGCGGCCAUUCAGCAUCCGUAUGUGAGUCGCUUCCGGACCGCGUCGGCGGACAUGGAGCUCCGCGUGGACAUCCAGCCGCCGCUAAGGGACGAUGUACGCUACGGAGUCGACCAGUACCGCAACAAUCUGUACGACAUGAUGGGACGCGAGUCCAGCAGCAGUGCCCGCACGCUCAGCAAUGCCACACCAUCCACGCCGUCCAAUCGGGAUGACUCCGUGAAAACCGUCCGAGUCACGUCGCGAACCAGGACAGCGAGUGUCAGCCAAGCGACCACAACCCCGGCGGAGAGAAAGAAGGAUACGUAUUCCUUCGAGGUGACCCAGACGCGCAGGAAAAUAAAGCUGCUGGUCUCCACACCCAAGACGAAGGCAAAGGAGACCAAUCGCACGGAGAACGCUGUUUCGCAUGCCCAUAUUGCCCCGUCUCCUGCGGCUGUUCCUGCUGCUGCUGCUGCUGCUCCUGCUCCUGCUCCACCUGCUCCUCCUUCUACAAUGGGAAAAUCAGGCGAGAAAACUGCACAAAAAAGCCGCCACAACCAUGUGCCCAUCCAACGGGAAUUGGCUGCCGUGGCAGCGGUGGCUCGGCGCAAGAAGAGCACCUGGCAAUCGCAGGCGCAGACGCAAGGGAAAUUUCAUGCCGAGGCAAAGGCCCAAGUUCAGGCGCUGCUCCUCACACAGAAAAUAAACAUCGAUGGUUCCCCCGCGAGGAUGCGCCAGGAUACCCAUACCCAUGGCCAGACGGAGGCGACAGUGCCCCCACCAAUGAAUCGUUCGCUGCGCAAGAUAAGCCAAGAGAAGAAGCCCAAGGAGAAACCCCACAAGGCUGAGGUCAGCAAGCCCACCGUUGUGACGACAUACCACAGAAGGGAGCGGUACCUCACGGCCGAGGAGAGGAUGCAGCGCCGGCAGCUGGAGAUUCAGCAGAAGAAGGAGGAGGAAAAGGUGCGCCGGCAGCAGAUGAAACAGGAGCACGAGCUGAGGGUGAGCCAGCGCAGGCGGAUGACCGAGAACUAUCGACUCAUGGAGGCGGAACGCGAUCAGUUGGAGGAGAUGGCCGAGCAGGAGGCGCAGGCCAAGGCGUACAAGGAGAUAGCACGGAAGGUGUGGCAGCUCACCGAGAGGAAGGAGGAUGACUCGUUGCACAAGGAUCAGAAGGAUGAUUCGACCAUCUUAAGCUCAUGCGCUAGCAAAUGCUAUCGCGAACGGAUCAGUCACCUGGAGCUAGAGAUGGAGAAGUGCAAGGAGCAGUUGGUGGACUUUGUCGAGGAGCAUCGGGAUCUGCUGGACUACGACAACUUGCGCUACCACUUGGAACAGCUGCAGCCCUUAAAGAAGGACAGUGAGCACGAGGAUGGGGACGACGGUAGACCACUACCGGAGGGCAGUGGAGAUCCCGGCUCCCAAAGCUACGAGACCUUUCUCCAGGACCAAGAAAAGGAGCGACAGCGCCAGGUGCAGGAGUUCUUGGCCCGCGACGAGACCAAUGAGUACGAUAACCUCAAUCUGGACAACGCCUACAGAGCCAAGUACUAUCAUCUGUUUAGGGAAAUAACAGGUGGAUCCUCCUCGCCGGACAGUGGAAGACGCGAUUCCGGUUCGGAGCCAUCCCCUGAGCGGGAUUACACGCGCGACUAUGCCGACUACUUUCCCAACUACUCCGACCUGGAGGAGGAUUGGAAAGAACAGGCGCAACCGGUGGAGCCGACGCGGCAGCACGAACGCACAGAAAAGUCACGCCGGAUGAAGGAGCGCCUGGAGGAUCAACGCCAACGCCGGGAGCGCCUGCUGGCCCAGCAGAAGGCCAGCCGGAAGCAGCACGAAGAACUGGGACUCCAUCACAAGGUGCACCGCCAUCAUCACCAGCACCACGCAGCCAGUGGACCUCGCUACGAUCCCAUGCGUCUCAGGGAGCGCGACAUUCAGGAGGCGAACUUCUCCACGGAGCUCAUCUGAUCUGUCCUUGAAUAUUUGUCCCAGUCUUGACGCAAUAUAUAUUUUAAAACUCGAA